GCGUUCACCGGGAGCGGUACAUUCGGCUGCGGCCACACUACAUCGCGCCGACUCUCUGACAAGCUGAAAAAAAAAUUACGUAAAUAUUACAACACUCACGCAUUGAUUAUGAAACGUCUGUAACUGUAAGGCCGAGUCCUGGACAUCUCAUCGUAACUAUGUGCAUGGUGCGUCCGCGUUAAGUUUGAUUGUGCGAUCCUGUUUGACCCUGGUGAUUUUAUUUUAUUAUAUUGUUUUGUAACCCUCUCCCGUGGUGUUCAUUGUAUCGUCCAUUUCUGUGUUUCUGUUGUGAUUUAUUUCUGUAUCUUUGGAUUGUCACUGGAGUUGUUGAUGUGACAGAGCUACCGGCAUGGCGUAGCGAAGACUUGCAAUUUCUCCACUGCCGAACAUGGCUUUCUCCAAACUUCGAGAGACUCCCGAUGAACUCUAAAGUGGACAUUCUAGUGGUGUGUGUGUUUGUAUCAAUGACUCGGUGAAAAUUAAUCACAACAAUGGGGAGGCGACGUUGGAGAUUUGUUACAAUCACGGCGUUCUUGCUGUUAGUUAUAAAAGACACGCAGUGUCAAGAUGAAAACCACUUUUACUUUUCUCCGGUAGAAAAAAGUUUUGCUCAAGUUCAACCGCCUUUAUUUCCGAACACUCGCCCAUCUUCAUUUUUUGAACAUGGGGACAACUACAGAGUAGCGCCGACUGCUCAGCAACCACUCUAUAACGACGGUCAAGCCAGGUUUCCUAGCCCUAACUACAAUCAAAAUCCAUCACCUUUUCAAUUACCGACUGGAAGAAGUCAAGCUGGAGCACAAUAUUAUGUAAACCAACCCGAAUUUAUGCCACAACGACAAAGGUUUAGGCCAGCACUGCCUUACAAUUUCCAAUUGGUUCAUCCAGCGUCUACUAAAAGGCCUGACGUGUCACAAAUACAUUCUGUAGCUUACCAAAACGAUCCUUCAAAACCAGAAACAUUCUUAGGCCAAAUAACUUUAAAUAACCCUGAUAUUGACUACUUGCAAAAUAACAGAUUUAAAAAUAUUCCAUUCGAUGGUAACAGCUUAAAGAGCAACGGACAAAGCGGUCACAUACCACAUGAUGAAGAUAUUGAAAAUGAUAAUCAAGACUUAUUUGAUCAUCACAAGGUGACCACUUACAAUCCUCAUAAGCUCGCAAUCAAACAAAGACUGAAUGUUAAGCCUAAUACUCCAAGAUUCACACAGUUAGACUCACCCUCAUUGGAUGAAAAUACAAAUUCACAAAAUACACCAAAUAACCCUGCAUUUAGUAGAACCAAUCAAUUCAAUACUCCCAAAUCAAAAGCUAACUUAUACCACAGUUCUUCCACUGAAUAUAAGGGUCUCCUAGAUAUAGAACCUCUACUUGAAGAUGACAUAAGCGACAUUAGUUCAUUCAGAGAGCUGAUGAAAAAUACUCAGGGUUCGUAUGAUGUGCAAGUCAUAAAAUCUAAUCAAACGGAAUCAGCUGAUGAUAGCAAACCUGAUGCAAGUUCCAUGAAUGCUGAUAAUUAUCCAAAACGUCAAUCAGCAGUAACAACUAGUAGUAGUACUACAACUUCCACAACGACUACCGAACGUAGUAUUCACUCCGAUGAAGACCAUGAAAAAGAUGAAAGCGAGGAUGAAGGAGAAUAUGUGGAAUAUUAUGAUGACGCUGAAAGCUCUGAAGUGAAACAUACUACUCAAGAACCUCACUCUACGGAACAUGUUACGGAUAUUUACGAUGAGGAAUACGAUUCAACAGAAGAACCUGAAAGACACACGGAACUUGCUAAAACGAAUAGUACUGAAUCUUUCGAUGUACUAGUAAUGACACCAGAAAAGACGAUGGUUAAAGAUGACAAUUUCAAACAUUUUGUGGACACCACUAUUAUAGAUCAAACUGAACAUAAAAAUAAUGAAGACAAAGAACAUCAUCAACAGGAGACAGAAUCAUCUGCUUCAGACAAUAGUGCUCCUGAAUCAGAUGAAGAUGAUGUAACGUCAAUAGAAACACCGUCAAUUUUGGGACAAGAAGUUGUUUCUGUGGUUACCACGAAGAGCGUAGUUAAUGGUACAAUAUCAAUUCCUGACGUAACUUUUGCACCAAGUACUACCAAACUCAGUUCACCUCCUCAAAGUGCUUCAUCGACUAGCAGCCCAAUUAGCGAUGCAUCUGUGCCAGUCACAACUGAGAAUUGGAUUGUGGUUGCUUCCGUUCAAACCAGUAGAAGUGUAUCAGGCGCUCGAUUUUUACCCUUCCCAACAGUAGAACAAGAAGAAAAGAAACAAGUUUUAGCGGAUGACACUGAAGAACAAGACGAGGAGACGGUGACGAAAGACCCAAGACAAGAAACGAAUGGCCUAAUUAGUACACCAUCAUCAUCGACAGAAAACAUUAACGAUAAACUAGAUAGCAUUCAAUCUGAGUUAUCGAGUGCUGUGUUAUCUGGAUCGUUAAAUAAUGAAAACAAAAAUAUAGAACUAAUAACGGAAUCUACUACUGAGAGUACGACCACAUCAACAACAACUACGACUACUACAACAACUACGACGACAACUCCGGGUCCGAUUAAAGUAUUUACAUUGAAGAGCACAACGGCUGCUUCAGUCACAGAACGGUCAUCUCCAGAUCCAUUACCAGUAAAUAUUAAAAAGUUCGCUCAUCGUGUCACUACAUCUACGACACCCAAGCCGAGGAAGAAGCCUUCUUUGGUAACUGUAAUGGAUGACGUAGCCGGACUAUUGCCUUCUGGUUAUAAACCAAGACUUUCAUUCAAAGACAAACGAACUAGCACUACGACCACUACCACCACAACUACUAGUGCUCCGGAACCGUCUAGUGAGAUUCCUAUCAUUAAUGGAACACAAGGACGAUCAUCUGGUAUUAGCACCAAGAAUAAAGUUAUUGUUUUAGAUUUUAAAUCAUUACUGCCAAAAGAAUAUAAGCCUAGAGAAAAUAAACCCCAAGAAGAUCUGGUUAAAAAACUACAAAAAGACGAUCUAAGUAAACUGUUGCCUGCGAACUAUAAACCCCCGAGUACAGAGUCCACUGAGGUAAAAACAACGUCAAAAACUGGCGUAUUAGAUAAAGUGCAUGAACUUGAUAUUUCAGCGUUAUUGCCAAAAGAUUUCAAAUUGAACACAACAGCGACAGAAAAACCAAAAGUAGAUGUGAAGUUACCAGCCAACGCUAUACCAGUAGAUGUCUCAGCGUUAUUACCACCAGGAUUUAAAUUAAAUGAAACAGAAAAGGAAUCUGGGGAAAGCCCUCUACUGAACAUCAAAGUGGCUGACAUUUCAAGUUUAUUGCCACCUGGAUUUAAUUUGAACGAAACCGUUGAAGAGCCGCCACCACCAAGUAGUACCACUAAAGGUCCUAUAAAACUUGUAUUCCCAUCAAGACCAGGUGGUAAGGUCAAUAGGAAGACAACAACUCCUAAGCCAUUGGGUCCUGUUCCAGUUACACCAAAAAUACAAAAGGGUUGGCCUACAAGGGCUUCAACUGAAUUCACUGGUUGGCCGUCACCAUCCACAACACCAUUUUCGAUAGAGAAACUUCUAGAAGCUCAGAGGAACGCUACCGCUACCAGCCCGAUGCCAGACUUUAGUACUGAAGCAACGACUCGACGAAGCACGACCACGACAACGACCACGCCAGUACCGCCACCGUCGACCACUCCUGGCUUAUGUAGGAAAGAGUGUGAUAUUGCUGCUACUAUAAAGAUUGUUUCAGGAGUUAAGUGGAUACCCGAAUUAUUAGAUCACAAUACAGAAGAAUGGAAACGACUAGCCAAAGAUGUGAAAGAAGAGUUGAAUUCCGUCUAUUCUAAAUCGGACUAUCUACAAAAAUGGUACAAAGGUAUUAGAAUCGAUGGUUUUAGCGAAGGCUCCGUUCUCGUUGACUACUUUAUUGAACUUAAAGAGGUAGAAGAAAGAGUCGACACACUGGAUCUAAAGAAAAUGUUCCAUAAAUCUCUACACGAUGCAAAGCCUGGUUCCGUAGUUGAAACUAUUACAGAGGAACCCAAAGAUCAAGAUUUUGAUCCUGAUGUUAUGCUGGGUGAUCAACCUGAUGAGGAAAGGAUGAAAAAGAGUAACGAGAAAAUGACGAAGACAAUUGACAAGUCAGCUGGGAAGUUGGAAAUCGGAAAGUUUGUAAUGGAUCCUGCUUACACCGAAUUCAUAGUUCUACCCAAGCGUGAGGCACCAACCGUUGUGGUUCCCGACGAAGAAUCGUUCCUGCCUCAGUGGGGCAUCGCUGUCAUUGUAAUCGCGUUGGCUUCUCUUCUGUUCGUUGUUAUAUUUGGAGUUACAGUAUUGGUCAAUCGACAGAAGAGUGCUAAAGCGAAACAGCCAAUACCUCUUAGCGAGGAGAUGCUUCGGGAUUUGGAUAAAAGUCACAUGGGAGGCUUCGAUGACGUGCAUCAACUGAAGGAACGCGAAUUACCAUAUCUUCCUUCGGGAAAGCGUAUGUCAACUGCCUUCAUCGAGCAAUUGGCUUACCCUAACCCUGGUGACUCGUGGCGGUCUGAGUGGACACCGCAGCUCCAGAAAUACAUGCAGCAUUACACGCCCGACUCCGGACGAGGCUCUCAGAUUUACGGGCCCGUCGGAAAUGCAUAUGGAUACGGCGGCGGGUCGCAGCUGUAUGGGCAGACUGGCGGCGGCUCGCAGGUGUACGGCUACACUGGGGAGUACCCGCGCUCGCACUACUCGCGACGCCGCUCCGACUACGACAGCAACUUCUAGACCCCUCUAGAUAAAUACUCGCCUACUGAGACUUGACACAAUCUUGACAAUAUCUCCUUUUUAAUCUCGAACACUAAUUUAUAAUACUCGAAUAGAACGUUUCAUCCAUUCUGUGUAGAUUAGUCAUUAACUUCCAAACAUACUGUAACAGGUUGUGAAAUAAUUUUAUCAUUAUGAAACCGAACAUUAUUAGAUCGAAAUUAGACUCGUAUUUCUGAAUUUAUACGAUACGACUUUACAUUUUGCAUGAUAUUUUUAGCAGCUUUUAGUCCGGCCUAUUUAGGACUUAACAGUGCCAACCCAGAUGGUUAUGUCGCGUUUGAUAUUUAUUUUGUAACAACAAUAUUUCUGUAAUUAAAAAUAGUUAUUAAAUGGAAAUUAUCUGCCAAAAUAUUAACUAUUUACGACUGAUUGUGAGAUGUAAAUAAGUAGAUUAAGAACUCACCAAUAUUAUAAGUGGAGACUAAUAGGUGAGGCUACGAAGUACUUGUGUAGAUAUCUCUCCGCAUACCUAUAUUUGCUCAGAACCUGUAGUGGACCGUGCCGUGGCCCGUGUGUGAGCGUGAAACGCCUCUUUGUGCCAAAUGUUCGUGCGUCUGUGUGUGCGUGUAAAUAUAACAUAAUAUUCCUUUCGUAUAGAGACAUUAACGUUUAGUGGGUAUAGAUAGAUAUCGGACCACCAUUGCACAGGCCCUCCAUUACCGCGCCGCGAGUGCUUGGUUGCCAACUAUUUACGUGGAAUGUUGAGUGUUCCCAUUUUCUGAAUAAAUCAUAUUUAUUCGAUAAUUUAUACUCAUACUCAGAGUCAUUGGAAAAGCAUUAGGAUAACGAUCUUCAUGUAUGAAAUUAUUAUCUUAAGAAUGUAAUUGAUGAUCGUCAAUUUUUAAUUAUUCGCAAAAUCGUCAAACAGGUUCACAAAGACGUUAAAUUGUAAUUUAAAUAUAAUUAGCGAUUAGCUAUUUAAAAUAAAUAACAGCCCUAAUUAGUGUGGAAGUUUUAAAAACUUGGAUUUACAUUAAUGUGUCAAAAUGAUGAAUUUCGUCAGAUAUAUUAUAUUAAUUGUAUUUGUAAAUUCCUCGAGUAACGAGCGUCACGGUCAUUAUGUACCUACCAACUAGACUAAGUAUAGUAAUUGCAUGAAUUCGUGUAUAUAAAACAAUUUUUGUACAUGUAGAUUUUAAUUUAAUUAUUGAUUAGUUAGUGACAAAGUAAACCAUUAAGAUCCUGAAUAUAGAUAAAUAUAUAAUGUA